AAGCAAAACUCCUUCCUUGUUUUGCUCCGCGCGACGAAAAGCUGGAGGCGGAGGAGACAAUCUUUUCCUGCGCGCGAAGAAGCGUCUGAGACUGCGAUUUCCUCCUUGCGCUGAAGGAUGAAGGUCGAACACUGAAGACGAAGCAGCAUGCGAUCUACUCCUGAGCGUCAAUGAAUUGAAGUUUUUUAAGCAUGGGAAUGUCAGCUGUAAGUACUGCUAGUGAAGCGAUGAAGUUAUGUAUGUUUGAUUUGAGAAGGGGACAACAUGAAGGGCAGGAGCUUGACAAAAUUUUAUUCUUCUUUCCUGCUGAUGUUCCUUUCUCCACCCAGCUCUCUGUUAUUGGCUUAAGUGAAGGUAUCAUCACAUUUACAAGAAUUUUCUCUCCAGAGAUGCCUUGUGAGACUAUAGAAGCCGAGAUGCACGCUCAUGUAUUUUAUGAGGCCGAGCCAGAUAUCUGGAUGGUUAUGGUGGUUGAGAAAAGUAGGGAAUCAGAAACUAUUUGGCGGAUUGAUGGAAUACGGAAGGUUCUUAAGGAAGUUCACACACUCUUUGUGAUGUUUCAUGGGUCUGUAAGAGCAUUGCUGGAUAAAGAACCAAGCGGCGAACUUAUCAGAACCCACUUGUAUUAUUUCCAAAUGGAUUAUCUAAAUGAUUUUCUUGUUGGCAAGAAGCUUCAGUUGCCAAAUUUUCGUGACUCCCUAAAGGAGCGUGGAACGGUACAAAUGUUGACUAUUGGUAGGGAGGCAGCUCUUGAAAUUCAGUCACUGGUUAGGGUGUUGGAAUCUUGUGCUGAGAACACACAUUGCUAUUCGAUGAUCAUGUACCAGAACCUGCUGGUGUCAACAACACUUUCUAAUGAUGACUUAGUAAAUGUAUUUACCUACGCAGUCAUGAGGCUGACUCCUCAUGCUUUGUCUUCUGGCUUGAGCUCUUGGUCUUAUUUACGUAGAGGAAAUACUUCAUCUAAUGUAUCUGCAGGUUCUUUGUUGGGAAGCUCUACUUCUAUACCCGAUCAGCAUAAUGCCUCACAUGAUAGAUCUCAACGCAGUUAUCAUGUUGUGAGGCCAUUACAGCUAGACAAAUGGUCGAAGGGGAAAGAUGGUUUUCUCGUUACUGAUCUUUGGGGAUCAGACGUUGGUAGCUCAGAUUUUUCCACACCAACUGUCUGGCUUAAGCAGACCGGGGAAAGAAUGUAUCUUUGUGCUUAUCAGCACAAGAGCCUGACUGUUGUGCUUCUCAUUCCUCUUGCAUCUGUGCUCAGUGGGGAGCAAGGGAUAUCCAUGGUGAAGCAGCAAGUCCUAGAACAAGCAUCACUUAAGGUAAAUAAAGUUGAGGAGAAACUAUCAAGAGGAUGGGGUGGUGAGAAUGCAUACCAUGUUAGCGGGUAUCGUUAUUUGCUGGUGGACAGUGAUAGAUAUAUCUCUAGAGCUUCCCCACCGGGAAAAGUAACAACUCUGACUAAGGAAUCUUUAAUUGCAUUGACCAAGCUCCGAGAGGAGGUUGAUUUGGAAAGAAACAGAUCAAAGUGUGACUGUCCAGACAAUGAAAAAGAUGGGGAAAUAUGCAUCAGAUCCAAAAACAGUGCAUGGGUGAUUGCUAGGUUAACCCGAGGGAAGGAGCUUUACAUGGUUCUUGAAAAGGCAAAUGAGACACUUCUCUAUGCCAACGAUGCUGUUGAGAAAUUCAGUGACAGGUAUUGCAAUGGAGCUUUUUCCUUGGAGUGAUUAUUAUAUACCCAGAGCAUAUAGUUCUCAUGCCCAGUUCAAGAGGAAUGGUUUAAUUCCUCCCAUCAACAUUCUUGGGGUAAGGGAGGAGAGUUGGCUCCUCGUGUUUCAGGUGCAAAACUUUUUCUUCUUAAUUAUAGCGUGAGAUUGGUGAAAAAGAAAACUCGAGCAUGCUACGCCCGCCUUUGAUUUUGGAGAAUGAGUUGUGACUUUGACUGUUUAAAGGAGAAUUUGGUAUUCCAACUUAAGCAACCAUGCCAAUAUGGCAAUAUAUGAUAUGCUUGUAAUUGAAUAUUUGCCUUUUAGUUUGAUGGAUUUCAUGAUCUGGUCUUUCAUGAAGGGAGUAUAUGAGUUGUAUCAGUUUGAAAAAUAUUGGAGCUUAAUCAAAACUACCAUCUGAACUCCAUAUUGACAUCAUCUUAUCAAUAAAGAACAGUUUAAUUC